AUGCAGGAGGAACUACGACAAUUUGGUGCCUAUUAUAGGAAUGUUUUUGAUACAAUUAAAGAAUUCGAUUUUGAAAUCAAUUUUGCAUAUGAGUCACAUUGCAGCACAGUUAGAUUUCCGCCAAGCAUUGAGAUAUACUUUUUAAAUUGUUUUAUAUGUUUAUCAUCUAUUUUAAAAGAAAGUUACCCAACUUUAGAUGACUUUUUAAGACAUUUUCAAGAUUGUCAAAACCUAACUAAAAAGAUACCAGAAUUUAUAAAAAUAUUAAAUAAUGAAAUACCACCGUUUCAACUAAACACACUUUUAGAGUCAACAUUUGGUAGUAAAGAGAUUGGUUUUAUAAAAUUUCUCAGUAUUUUUGGACAGUAUAUCAAGGAUACAACAUUACAAGUAUUUUCAUCAUCAUUUUGCACAUCAUUUACAAAAGAAGAUGAUUAUUCAUUAGCAAUUUUAAAACUAUUAUUAAAAUAUAAAAAAAACAUAUAUAGUAAUAAUAAUAAUAAUAGUAAUAAUAAUAAUAAUAAUAAUAAUAAUAAUAAUAAGGGCGGUAAUCUGCAUAUUGCAAAUUUAAAUUAUUUGGAGAUAGAAUAUAGACAAAAUAAAGGUGUUAUAAAUUUAUUUAGGUCAAUGUACUACGAUAACUUAGAAGAAUUUAAACUAUUAUUUAAUGAUAGCCAAUGGCUUACAAAUACAGAUUUAUCACAGUCGACAACAUCAACAUCAACACCAACAAUAACAAAUGAAAAUUUCAUCAAAUCAGAAAUUUUUUGGUUUUUUGUAUGUUUAUAUAAUUCUGGUAAAAUUUCAAAAUAUUUAUUAGAAGAGUACUCAAAGGAAAAAGAGAAAAAUAAUCAAAUUAAUUUAAUAUCAAUAGAGCCUAGUUAUUUAAUAGAGAUUUGCACAGUUUCACUUAGUUAUAAAGUUAUAAAAUCAAUUUUUAAAAUUUAUCCACCUAAUACAAUUCUUUCAGAAAAAAAUCAAUUAAAUAAAAUAACAACAAAUAACACUGAUAAUAAUAAUAAAAAUAAAAAUAACAAUAAUAAUAAAUUUUUAGUUUUGGAAUCAAAUAUUAUUUUUAAUGAAUAUACAUAUCCAAGAAUGAAUAAGUUUUUAAAUAUAUUAUCAGACAAUAAGAUAUCAAUCAAUCCAAUAUUCUUUCAAAAAUUUCCAACCUAUAGUAAUCAAUCAUUAUUUAAAUCAUUAUUUUAUCAAAAUAUAAAUCACGAAGAAUUCGAAGAACAGGAAGAAAAAGAAAGCAGUUAUCCAGAAAUAUUAAAAAACCGAAUUAAUCAUGAAAUUGGGCAAAUUAAAUCAAGUAAUUUUAUUACCAUUGAAAGGAAUCAGUUAAAUUUUUAUGAUUUAACACAAAGUUUUAGUCUAAAAUAUAAACAAUACACUUUCUAUUUGACUUUUGGUACCUAUUUCAAAUGUUCAUGCGAAGAGAAUAGAAUGUUUCAAGGUUUCUGCCUGCAUAUGCAUCUGGUAUUAAGAUAUUAUUUCGAAAUCCCCAAAGGUUGUCAAUUUUAUUUCAGAAAAAAGUUUACUCCAAUGGAAAGAUUUUUAAUAUUUUUUAAUAAUAGUUUUAAUAAAAAGCUAACCAACUCUAAACAAAAAAUAGAAGGUUCACCAAUAUUUCCUAGUUUUUUUGAAAGUGAUUAUUACCCUAACUCUUCAAAAAAUAGUACAAUCGAUGCUAUACUGGACACAGACUCUAACGAAACUCAGCAGCUCAUACUCAACAUGAAGAGAUUAUACUAUUAUACUUUCAAGCUAUCAAAUAAACUAGAGUGUACCUCAAUAUCAAGAGAUUUUAAAAUAUAUAUGAGUGCUCAAGAGUUGUUUCAAAGUGAACACCUUAAUAAAUCAAGCACAAAUGCAUUAUUAACCAAUAUAACAUUGCAUGGAACACUUUCAAAAGAUUUUCUAAGCGAGAGCGAUAUAGCUCGUUUAAUUCUUCAAGACCAGACCGAAAAGUUAAUACCUCUAUUCAUUCAAUGGAAAGAUAUGCCAACGAGAUAUAAGAAUAUUCCUUUUGUCUUUUUAUCUCAUUCAAAAUUUUUAAAUUUUGCUCUAACAAGUUAUCCAGACGCUUUUAAAGAAACUAUAGACAUUCGUGAUUUCAUAGAUUUAGCUAAUGACAAGUUUAUAGAGCUUCUAAUGUAUAACGAAAAAUAUCAAGUUAUUCAAACUGCAAAAAGAUGGUCUCAAGAUUUACGUUCAAAAAAAACAAAUAUCAUCAAAUUUUUAAUUGUGUGUGGCCACCCAAAUACACUAACAAUUUAUGACCAUUUUAUUUCACAUAAAAAUGGUUCGGUAUCCUUAAAUCCAGAUUAUUUAGUUAACUCAUUUGAUAUCUUUAUAAAUGGCGAUAAAAUUAAAAAAUUUGAAUUGGAUUUAUUGGAAGAAGAAAAUAAAAAGAAAAAAGUAAAAAAUAAUAAAAAAAUUAAUAGUAAUGUUAAUAAUAAUAAUAAUAAUAACAAUAAUAACAAUAGCAAUAUAGUUAAUAUAAAUAAACAACAAAUAAAUAAUAAAUCCAACUCAUCAAAAGAAGUUGUAGAAGAAAAGGUAGAAGAAAAAGAAAGUGAAAAAAUAGAUAAAGAAAUAAAUUUAAAUAGUUUAGAAAUUAAUAAUAGCUCAUCUGUAAAUAAAAGCAAUAGUAAUAAUAAUAAAAAGAAAGAAAUUUUAUAUGACACUCAAGUUGGUAAAUUUAAAUUUAGUAGAAACGAAAGUAAUAUUUUAGGAAUGGGUAGUAAUGGUACACUGGUAUUUAGGGGCAUAUGGAAUAAUAGAAUACCUGUGGCAAUUAAACAAGUACAUAAAGUUUUUAAUCCAAAUAUUACAAAAGAAAUAGAAACAUUAAUUAAAUUAACAGAUAAGAAUUGUAGUAAUGUGGUUAGAUAUAUCGAUCAAGAGGAAGAUUCACAAUUUGUUUAUUUAGGAUUAACACUAUGUGACAAGUCAUUACAAGAUUUAAUUUCAUCUGGUGAAUUAGAGAAUUUUAAAGGUUCAACCGAAAGAACUAUGGAAUUAAUUUUAGAUAUUGUUCAUGGUAUUCAAUUUUUACACUCAAAUGAUAUUGUCCAUAAUGAUUUAAAUCCAAGAAAUAUUUUAUCAAAGGAUGGUAGAUUCAUAAUAUCUGAUUUAGGAUUAAGUAAAUUAGAGGUAACUUCUUCUUAUAGCUUUACAUCGAAUGUCCCAACAGGUCAAGAAGGAUUCCACCCAGUUGAAGUAUUGAUGGAAAAGAGAAAGACAAAAUCGGUCGAUAUAUUUUCAUUAGGUUGUAUUCUAUACUAUUUUAUUACGAGUGGUCAGCAUCCAUUCGGCGAAAAGUUAUUUAGAGUCGUGAACAUCGUUUCAAAUAAAUUCGAUUUAGAUCCUAUCAAAUUUACCCAGCCAACACUAUACGAUUUAAUUAAACAAAUGAUAUCAAAAGACGAAACUUUAAGACCAACCAUCGAUCAAGUUUUACAGCACCCAUUCUUUUGGACUCCAGUAAAGAAACUUCAAUUCAUUGAUAAACUAAAUAGUUUGUUUAAAGAUAAUGAGCUAUUUAACUCAAAUCUAAAUAAAUUAUUAAACUAUGUCGAUAUUGAAGGUAGUGUCGACAUCAUCAAUGGUAGUAAUAGCAGCACCUAUAAUAGUACAACCAGCAAUACAGCAACACCAUAUUUAAGUAGACCAUGGAAUCAAAUAAUAGAUAAAGCAUAUAUUGAACACAUCUCAAACAAACAAAAUCAAAUUUUACAGCAAAGUGGUAAAAAAACAUACAUUUACAACUAUGAUCAAGUUAAAGAUUUAAUUAGGUGCAUUAGAAACACAAUCCAACAUCAUAAAGAAAUUCAAAAAAUAAUUCAAAACUAUAAUUAUAAUAAUAAUAAUAGUAAUAAUAAUAAUAACAAUGAUAACAAAGAAAUUAUUGAAUCGUUAUCAAGCCAUGAAAAUGUAUUAAAAUAUUUCGAAUCCAAACUACCUGAUCUGUUAUUUUUUAUUUAUUAUAAAUUUAAAAACCAUAAAGAUUUUAAAAAAUUAAAAAAUUAUUUAAAUGGUUUUUUAUCAUAA